UUGGCAAAGAAAAACACCCACAAUAUAUUCCUCUUUUAUUCUCCACUAAUUCCCACACAUAUCAUUCCUCUCAAAACCAAAAAGAAUGAAGACACUUCCGAUCACAGGCCUUUGGCUUUUGGUGGUGGCGAUCAUGGCGCUUCUCACCGGAGCUCAUGUGGCAGAGGCGGUGACUUGCAGUCCUUUGCAGCUGAGCUCGUGUGCCGGGGCAAUUUCAUCGUCGACGCGGCCAUCGGCCAGUUGUUGCAGUAAGCUGAGAGAGCAAAGGCCAUGCCUUUGUGGGUACUUGAAGAAUCCAAACUUGAGGCCUUACGUGCAAUCUCCCGGCGCCAAAACUGUUGCUUCUGCCUGUGGCGUUGCCUUCCCCAGCUGCUAGACCCAUGCUUGGGGAUCGAAAAUGGGCUUAACUUCUUAUGGAAAUUAAGUUGCAUGGUACCUAUUACAAAAUCAAAACUAGUAUGAAUAAAAGGAAAAUGAUCAUAAAAUGUCUACUUUAUCUAUGCUUUAAUUUUUAUAUGUUUUGUCUAAAAAAAAUUGUCUUUAAACAUGAACUAUCAUUAUUACUAUAAAAGAAAUGAAAUAUUGUGACAAUAA